AACAAGGAGAAUGAUGGUGUUUGUCGUGUAUCACACAGUGGUACAUGCAUUGUAAUGAUGAGAAAAGAAGCACCAUGAAGUAUAUCUUAUUCAAUGAAUCCAGUUGUAUCUGUGGUAGCUACAGCAGCUUUGUUCUGGCUCAUAGCUAAAAGUAUUUGUUCAGGCACUUUGGGCUAACGGUUACCAUUAGCUGCUAGUGCUAGGACCUGCGCUGUCCACUACACACGACCUAGCGUUAGCAACAACAGCAAACAAGAGCUGCAUCACGGAGGGUUAACGAUAGACGUCCACUACAGAACAACUAAUAUCCACACAGGUGAAGGUGUUGGAGUGUCCCGGGUUAAAGAGGGAUCCGCAAUGUUGAACCCGACCAAUGGCGACCCAAGCCACGUUGUUGUGAAUUAUGUUGAGGAGUAUUUGGACCUGGUGGAGUCGCUACCGUUUGAUUUGCAGAGGAGUGUGUCCCUCAUGAAGGAAAUUGAUGCCAAAUAUCAAGAUGUUCUGAAGGAGCUUGAUGAUGCUUAUGAACGGUAUCGCCGGGAAUCUGACUCACUUCAAAGGCGAAAGCUUCAGUUAUCCAUUCAAAGGGCACUGAUCCGCAGUCAAGAGCUCGGAGAUGAGAAGAUACAGAUUGCCGGUCAAAUGGUGGAGUUGGUCGAAAACCGAACGCGACAAAUAGACUGGCACUCUGAACUUCUCCUUUCCUCUCAAGAAGUCCCAGAGAGUCACGUUCCCGUAGUGGCAUCCGUCACAACCACUGCAGCAUCCAUGACGUCAUCGUCAUCAACAUCAUCAGCCACCGUUACGCCCGGCAAAACUUCCCACCAUGAAAAGAAACGUGAGGAGGUUACUCCAGGCUCGGGUAGUGGAGACAAGGCUGGAGGGAAACGCUCAAGACGUCAGAAAAAUGGAGACACUCGGGAAAGUUACGGGGGUCUGGAACACACCGAGGAAGUGGGAGUGGGGGCUUCCCGGGAAAAGAGGGCCAAAACAUCUUCCAAGAAGAAGAAAAGAUCAAAAGGAAAGUCUGAAAGAGAAGUGUCACCCCCAGACCUGCCCAUCGAUCCAGAUGAGCCGACAUACUGCCUGUGUGAGCAGGUGUCCUAUGGCGAGAUGAUUGGCUGUGAUAACGAUGAAUGUCCCAUUGAGUGGUUUCAUUUCUCCUGCGUUGGGCUCCAUCAUAAGCCCAAGGGCAAGUGGUACUGCCCCAAGUGUAGGGGCGAGAAUGAGAAGACCAUAGACAAGGCCUUAGAGAGGGCCAAGAAGGAGAAGGCUUACAACAGGUAGCUCGCUCUGUCUGGCCCAAUGAACACUAUUGCGUCAAAAUUUAAUUUUAUGUCUCAUCUGUGUUUCCAUUUACUGUCAACACUGUUUAAAAUAAGCAAUGAAUCGAUAAGAGGGAUGUUGUAAAUAGAUAUUUUUGUAACUGCUGCCUAGUUGAGAAACACGAUUUUGCUGCCUCAUGGUUGGGAUUAUUAAAGAAUAGACACAGUACAGAACAACCUGCAUGUAACUUGCAUCCCCUUUUGUUUUCAUCAUGCAUGCAACAUAACCCACUCCGUUAUAUACGCUCGAUUAACAAAUAAAACGAUAAUAAACAAAGGACAAUUCCA